GACAGGGGUUUUAAUACACAAUUAAGUUUAGAAAUUCGUGUGAGGAAUUUCUGGUUGUGACAUGAGUCGACAGGCUUACUUGCAGCAGUUACUGCGGAGGAGAGUUCCAACCAUCCCAGAAAGAAGACAUGAGGGGGGAGGCCAAGAAGUCACACUACUCUCUCUUGUGACUCCUAGCAAUCUUCAUGUGGCUAAGGCAACUAUCCAAACAAGCAACCCAAACAGAUUUGUUGGUGAGACUGCUCUUGGUAGAAGAUUUUGUGUAGUAGUCGUGAAUUCUGUGAUUAAAAGGGAUGCAGUAUUACCUCGCCCAUAUGGACGCAUACAAAUUAUGGGAGAUGCUUAUGGACAAUCAAUUGCUUGGCCACGCACUCAUAUUAAGUAUGAUGAGAAUGCAACAGGGCAAACAAGGGUUUCAUCAGGUGGUGGCAAUUGAUGUACUGCCCACAUGAAUGAAGACAACACGAUGGAUGUGCAAACUCAUAUGAGGUGCAUUCCAUACCUUUUCAAUAUCUAGCUGUAGCAUGUAGCCUAUAUUUUGUACUUUUGAAUUGUGCUAAUUAGACUACACAAAGACAUGAAGCGAAAUAUUUUGGCAACUGCUGUCAUGGACAUGUUCUGGAUUUGGGUAGGAUGGAGAUAUGAGGGUAUUAGCUUUAUCACUUGUGGUUGUACUCUUGAUGUAUUCAGUGAAAAUUGAGAACAGCAUUGUUAUUCUUUUGUGAGGUUGAACCUGACUAUUAUGGGAGUUGUGGACCUUUUGAUUAGUU